AGCAAUCUUUAGUACAAUCACCUCUCACACACGGACAAAGGAGAGAAAACCAUCUCGACCACUAUAACCUAGCCAGCUCUAGCUAUGGCUUCCAACGCGAACAUGUUGACCAUGAUCAUGGCGUGCACGCUCCUCCUCGCUGGCAUCACCUGCGACGCCGCUCGCCACCUGGCUGACACGACCCCGGCGGCCGCAGCUCCGGCAGCUAGCGCUGUCCCUGGACUUCCGGCAGUGCCGACUUUGCCAGCCGUGCCCACGGACACGGUCACCCUGCUGCCACCCAUGCCGGCGGUCACCCUUCCCACCGUGCCGCAAGUGGCACUGCCGCCCACGCCGGCCAUCGUCGUGCCUAAGGCGGUGCUGCCGCCCAUGCCCAAGGUCACCAUGGCCCCGAUGCCCGCCAUCGUCGUGCCCAAGGUGACCCUGCCGCCGAUCCCCAACAUUGUCGUGCCCAAGGUGACGCUGCCUCCGAUGCCGUUCGUCCCCAAUGUGAACGUGCCUAUGCCGUUCGCGGCACCUCCUCCGUCAGCGUAGGCGUGCUCACCCGGUGGCGCGGUGGCCUUGAUGCGGGAGUGGCUAGAUCACUCCGUUACCAUGGCGCGUAUUUGCGUGUAGCUCUGCGUUUUACAUGUGAUCGAUGUAUCUGCUGUUCUACCUUUUUUUUUACGUCUCAGUAUGUGUACUGUGUGUUUACUGUUGAGGGCUGUCCAACUGUACUCGCGUUUUACGUUCUCUUUUUUUUUUUGUGUAAGACUAAGUUAAUCUCAUUUUGUGGUUGGUAAACUGUGACUGCUAAACUAUUU